GUCAUCAAGGAGGACAAGUGGUUCGUGGAAAACGGUGGAGGCGGGUGGAAGCUGUUGCAGGGCGACAAUGUGGGACCCAACGUGGCGCUACGAGGGAGGGAGUUUGAUCUCGUGCAGCUGCUCGACAGCGAAAUCGGCCGAAGAGGCGUCUCAGGCUUCGAUACCGCGGGUCUGCUCGACCGGUACGCUGGUGGGCCUCCGAACUGCGCGGACCUGUUCUAUCUAAAGGUGGAGCUGCGCGACGGUGACCACAAGCCACUGAUGUCGUUUGACUCGACAGUCCUCACGGCAGUCCCAGAGUGGCGGCUGGUCUCCUCCACGCUCUUUGGCUUCGGGCCCGGCGUUCGAUAUCUCUACUGGGAGGACGGGGCCAAGGACGUGGAGAACUGGGCGGGCCACUUCGGGACCAAGAUAGCCGGCGCCUUCCUGGAGUUCAAGUGGCACCCCAACGACCAGCUCGCACGCUUGGGCAUCAGGGAGAGCAUCGCGAGCUACCUGCCGGAGAGGGAGGCGCCCUGCGCCCUGCCCUUCUACACCAACUUCGACCAGGGAGUCGGACACCGGCUCUUCAGCGCGGGCGAGCUGGUGCGCGAGGGGGAGUGGAGCCACCUCAGCCGGCAGAGCCUGCAGCCCACGUACCGCUAUGGCCAACGUUGUGGCGACUGCAUUGAGUUCGGCAUUGGGCACGACCUGGCCUUUGAAGGCGGUUCGUGUCUGCUGGUGUCGGGCCAGUUCGACAGCCGGGUCCCGGCGCCCGGAGAGGCGCCCUAUCAGCUCGCGCGGCUGUUCAAGACCUGCCUCGCCCUGCCCACCGGUGAUCGGUCCGCGCUGCUGCUGGUCUCCAUCACGCAUCGCCCAGAGACCCCCAACGCUACGGUCGAGCUCGUGCUGGAGCUCGACGACGCCUCGCUCGUUCGGCUGGCCACGCCUACACGCUCCCCAGCCCGCCCACUGCUCGAGGGUAAGACGGCGGGCGAAGUGCUCGUGAUCGAGGCCGCGCACGUCGAUCGCCUCCACGGCUGGGACCGAGCCGCGUAUCGGGUGCCGGCCGAUGUUCUGGGCGGGCGACGCGUCGUGGGCCUGGCACUGCUCAGCCAGGAUCUCACUCGCGAGCCCUCGCGCGCCAGUACGGGCCUGACCGCGUUCAAGGCGCGCGUGGGCGAGAUUCGCAUCAACUCGGCCCAGCCGACGCAAGACGAGAAUCAGCCGACCUCGACGGCGGCAGCGUCGUGGUGGUUCCCGCGGCCGCCACCGGUGUGCCGCUUGCAGGGGAGGACAUCGUGGACCAUCGCCUCGCUCCACCCCCACCUGGCCAGCAGCGCCAACCUCGCCCAAGAAGAGGAAAGCGGCGGCGCUAAGGAGGUGCGCCUGGCCAACGUGUGGCUGACGUGGGAGCGCCCCACCGCUGCCGACAGAGCCCAGGAGGUGGAGAGCUGCGACGUCUACUUCGCGGGCAAGUUCUUGGGGCGGAGCUAUGCCAACGGGUACUUUGCCGAGAACGUAUUAUAUGAGGCGCCGACCCGCGCCGACGACAGCGAAGGAGAGCGCAUGGCGGACGCCGCGCGGGUGGUGGUCAAGUGGUGA